UCCCCGGGCACUUUGCUCCCGGCCGCGGGCACACUCGGCACGGCACGGCACGGCACGGCCAGGGCCCCCCGGCAUGGCCCCGUCCCGUCUGGGGAACAGGCUGUCCCCGUGGGGACCCCGCUCCUGAGAGCCGCCCAGGUCUGCAGGUAUCUCUCCAGGCAGGGUGUGGCAGGGAUGAUCCCACUGAUCCACCCUGCGGGAUAUUCCUGCUGGGAGAAGCUUGCACAUCAUCAGGACAAAGGGAAACAGGAGGGGGAUGAUGAGGGAGCCAAGGGAUGAAGGAGCCUGAGAGGGUUUGUCCUUCCAGCUCCAGCUAUGUGCAUCCCUGAGCCCUGAGUCCUCCCCUGUCCUGGUGCCUGUCACCUCCUGGGAGAGUUUUGGACAAAAGGAAUUGGAGAUGCUCCAGCAUUCCCUCCAUCAAAUAUGGUUUUGGCUCCACUAGCAGCACAGCAGCUCCUGCUCUCAGGUUACUCAUCCAAGCAUCCAUCCUCUGUUGGAGGAAUCAUUACACCAGGGAUGGUGGAGGGGUCAAGGCACAGCCCACCCUCACUGGUCCUUUGCUGGACACCACGGUGGUGGCAGACCCUCCCAGUCCCCUCGAGAAGAGAGUUCUGUCCUCAGGCCGACUUCCCAGGAGUUCCCAGGUCCCAGCCUUUGAUGCCAGCACAGGAGGGAAUGUCCUGCCUGAUGAACUCGCUCUGCCUUGAGCUGGGGCUUGGCUCCAGCUCCUCUGCACAGGGCUCAGCUCAUCCCUUCCCUACGGACAGCACCCGGCAGCCAGCGGCUCCUCGCUGUCCAGGGACACUCUCCCAAAGGCUCCUCUAACAGCUCCCCCAGGAUUUCUCUGGGACACAACAUUCCCCCAGACAAGCCUUUCUUCUCCUCCCGCCUUUCUUCUCCCAAGGAGCCCUCUGGGAGCAGCAGCAUUGUCAGGAUGGUGCCAAUUAGGCCGAGGCAGCUUCCAAGAGGCCGGGGGCUGCUGGUGCUCAUCAGGGUCUCAUUGUUCGGCUGCCGUGGGGCUGUGCCUGGCGGGGCUCUGUCCCCAGCACAGGGCUCUGUGUCCCCAGCCCACUCAAAGGGAUUAUUAAUGGGGGAUUAAUGGGGGACUAAUGAGUGUCAGCACAAGGGCUGCGGAGGGGAGGCUUUGCAGAGCCCACUCCAAGUUGAGAAAAACCAGAGAACCAUCAAAGUGGCCGGAGCUCCUGGAGGGGGAGAAAAUCUGGCAGCUUUGGCUCCCUUCCACGCUUUGUGCCUGACAAUGGUCAAGAUCAGUGACUAGUGUGCUUUCAUGAACUGCUCCCCAGGUCUGGCUGGCACGACAUGGCCACUCCGGUGAGGAUGUUCCCGGUGUCCCUGUGGACACCGACGCCGGCGCCCUGGCCGGGAGGGAACACCACGGCGGCACCCGAGGCAAAGUGUGUCUUCAACGAAGAGUUCAAGUUCAUCCUGCUGCCCGUCUCCUACAGCAUCGUCUUCGUGGUGGGGCUGCCCCUCAACUCCUGGGCCCUGUGGAUGUUCAUCUCCAGGAUGAGGCCCUGGAACGCCACCACCACCUACAUGGUGAACCUGGCCCUGUCGGACACGCUCUACGUGCUGUCCCUGCCCACCCUGGUCUAUUACUACGCCGACCGCAACAACUGGCCCUUCGGGACGGGGCUGUGCAAGAUCGUGCGCUUCCUCUUCUACGCCAACCUGUACAGCAGCAUCCUCUUCCUCACCUGCAUCAGCGUGCACCGCUACAUGGGCAUCUGCCACCCCAUCCGCUCCCUCAAGUGGGUGAAGACCAAGCAGGCCCGCAUCAUCUGCGUGGCCGCCUGGCUGGUGGUCACCGUCUGCCUCAUCCCCAACCUCGUCUUCGUCACCACCAGCUCCAAGGGCAACAUCACGCUGUGCCACGACACCACCAAGCCCGAGGAGUUCGACCACUACGUGCACUACAGCUCCUCCGUCAUGGCCCUGCUCUUCGGGGUGCCCUUCCUGGUCAUCGUGGUGUGCUACUGCCUGAUGGCCAAGCGCCUCUGCCAGCCCGGCUUCUCCAGCCCCGGCCUGCGCACGCCCUCCUACAAGAGGCGCUCCGUCAAGAUGAUCGUCGUGGUGCUCGCCGUGUUCGCCGUCUGCUUCGUGCCCUUCCACAUCACCCGCACCCUCUACUACACCUCCCGCUACUUCCAGGCCGACUGCCGCACCCUCAACAUCAUCAACUUCACCUACAAGAUCACGCGGCCGCUGGCCAGCAUCAACAGCUGCCUGGACCCCAUCCUGUACUUCAUGGCGGGGGACAAGUACCGGGGCCGGCUGCGCCGCGGGGCCGCGCAGCGCCUGCGGCCCGUGCCCACGCUGGACCUGGCGCUGGUCACUCCCUUCACCCACGGCGGCCACGCGGCCGGUGCCACCCGAGGGACGGCGCGCAGCGGAGGAGGGUGCUGAGCCCCUCAUGUGGGCGCUGCCAAGGGCCCAGAGCUGAGCUGUCCCUGCCCAGCCCUGCCCUGAGAGGCCGUGGGAGGAGGGUGCUGGUGCUGGGCAGGGCAGGAGAGACACUCGUGGGAAUGGGAAGGUCGCUGAGGAGGCUCUUUUGGGGCAGCAGGCUGCUGUUCCAUCCCUGGCACUCUUGGGGACACGAGGGACUGACAGAGAAGGGACACUGGUGCCUCCCUGGGCAGGCACAGCUCUUCCAUGACAUGUGGGGACCAAACUGAACCUGGGGACAGAGCCCACGCUGGGUGGGUUCAGAGAUGUCCCUGUCACACUGCUAGCCUUGGCAGAGGAGAAGUGACAUGGCCUAGGGCACUUGCUGCCCAUGACCCCCAAUAAAGCCCCUCCCCUCUCAA